GUUGCUCUACAUACAUUUUUUGGAAUUUCGGAAAAUGUUCACGGUAUCGCAAUUUGACGUCUAUUUAACGUAUACAAGAAAACAUUAAAUUACUUGGUGUGCAUUUAUGAUAUAUUAAAGAUGGCGAAGAUCUGUCACUACCGUUAGCUAUGUUCUACAGUGUGGAUAUUACCAAGACAGAUGAAGAGAAAGUGUUUGGAACUGUCUGAUAAAUCGAAUGCUAAUCUGACAUCAGUGGACAGUGGAAUAGACCUCGACCUGUGCAGUACCUUUCCGUAUCAUCACCGGGACCAAAAGCGACGUAGACGGGAGACUAGAAAAGAAACUUGCAACAUAUUUUCAGAUUCUUUCAAUCUUGAUCAGUUCUACACGUGUGAUUUCAGCACAAGGUCCAAGCAAAAUUCGUCUUGCUCUGUUCACGAUGAUUCUACGUUGGUUGUUUCCAGUCCUCGUGAUACAAACUGCAGUAUCCAAGCUUCUCUGGACAGUCUGAGAUCAAAUCUAAUAGAACUUGGUAUGACACCCUCCCGUCGGUUUGAAAACAGCAUGCGUCAGAGGUUCAGAAUGGUUUCAGAAAAGGACAGCAUACGGAUGAAGAUUUCGCUGAAUUUGAAGGCAGAAGAGAAAAGCGAAUUACAACGAAAAGAAGAGGUUUUGUGUAGAGUCAGCGAGGCCCUCAGUACCCCACACAAGAACCGCGUGGACGUGAGUUCUCACAACACAGACUCGAGCUCCAAAGCACGGAAAGGUAAAUCUACAACCAGCAUAUUCCGCUGGUUUAGAUCGACCCGAAAAAGCCGUCAGAACGUACCAAGACGAAACUUUAAAAAGUAUCGUGUUUCCGACACUGAAACUGACGAUGCUAUUCGGCCGACGUUGUUUUGUAUGUUCUAAAGAUAAACAAUGAUUAUGUGUAUUGGUGUGUAUACGGAAUUGUGAUUGAAAGUUGAAUUUUCAAGGAGACUAUUAUUAAUGCGUUUGUAAAGACACUCUUUAAAAGAACGAUUUAAGUGCUAUUGCUGUAAAAUAGUGUCUGAAAAGCUAUGUCUUGUAUAUUAUAAGCAUGUAUAUAAUUGUAUUAAAAUUAUUGUUACAU